UGGCGGACGCCACGCAACUACUAUCUUUCCUUUCUUUCGUUUUGUCGAUCAUUUUAAACCUGGAAAGGACGUAAAAUUCCUAAGGAAAGGCUUCAAGAUGUAGUCGUAAAUAAUAUCGUGUUGUUUUUGCUUGCUUUAAAAUUAUUUUUGGAGUAGCCGUCGAGUUUAAUUUCGAGUGUAAAUAUCGAAACACAGACUUGUUUUGUCGUGUAAACAACGUAAACAACUGUUGCUAGUGACCAGUUGACCAUCGCACAACAUGGCUGCCGAUAAAGAAAGCUUGGCUGAGAGACGAGAUAACGAACUUGAAGCACUUCAAGCUAUUUAUAUGGACGAUUUUCAAGAUAUCCGAGAAAAGCCUGAUGAUCUACCAAAAAUUGCAUUGAAGUUGACGCCACUACAAAGUAUACAUGAGAAAGGGGUACAUGCUAAAGUAGAACUGGUUAUUGAAUAUACACCAAAUUACCCGAACCAGAGUCCAAUAAUUUCACUUCAAAAAGCUGUUGGGCUUUCAAAUGAGGAUCUUCAAGGUUUGAAGACACAGCUAGAAUGUGAAGCAGCAGAACUUGUUGGAGAGGUUAUGGCUCAUCACUUGGCACAUCUUGUGCAAACAUUCCUACACUCCCACAACAAGCCGCGCUUGUCUUUCUAUGAUGAAAUGAUGACCAACAAGAAGAAAGAAGAAGAGCGUGUCAAGGCUAAAAAGCUACAAAAACUACAGGAACAAGAAGAAGCUGAUAAACUUGUUAGUGCUGAAGAGGCAAGACAAAUUGAAGAGGAACUACUAAGAAGAGAGGAGAUGAUGAAAGAAAGCAGAAAGAAAAGAUCAAGUUUACUGAGUAAUCGUGAUAAAGAAGAGGCACUAUCACAGAGUAUCAAAACCAGGGACGGAGAGACCAUGAGUCCCAGUAAAGAUUCAACUUUGACUGCAAGGCGUACUGCAAAUCAGUCUAGCAAGUUUGAAACUCCAGCCCCGAGCAAUAGCUCUUGGAAAAGACGAAGAAACAGCUCUGAAAGCUCUGAGAUUCGCAGUUACUCUGGAAGUCARACAGUGAUGUUUGUGAAUAAGGGAGAGCAUUUGGUGCAUUUAGGGAAAUGCGUAGGUCAGGAAUCCAGUGGGUGUUUGGUGUUUAGUGGACUGGAUACAUCGACUGGGGAUCUUGUAACAAUGAAAGAAUGGAAACUGGUCUGCCAUUCAACUGCACCAGCUAAAACUGCUGUUAAAAGUCUUCACUGGGCUGACAGUACUGGUGGUCAAGAUACUGUUGGGAAACUCAUGAAACAAGUGAUGAGAAUUGAACAAGAAAUUGCUUCUCUCAUAGCCCGAAUAACUCAUGACCAUCUUGUCAAUAUUCUUGCCGUGAAAGUUACAAACCUUCAGCCAACAGUGACAGUGCAGCUUCUCGAAGAAUAUGUUGGUGGUGGGAACCUUGAGAUGCAGUUAAGACCUGGCGGGAUCCCUGUGGAUUGUAUCCGAGAGUACACUUUUCAGUUACUGGAUGUUCUGUGGUAUCUGCACGGGAAGUCAGUCGUUCACAAGAAUCUCAAGCUCUCUAACUGCUAUUUAGAUGCAAGUGGCGAGAUCAAACUGGCUAACUACAGUAUUGUAAAAGGAUUGGAGGAGCUAUAUCAAGAGUAUGGUGCAGAUAAAUCAGGGUCAUCACCUAACACGUCGACAAGAUCGGGGAAAAAAGGAGACAUCUAUGAUAUGGGUUUACUGGUGCUUUCUCUGUUCAAGGGCGAAACAAUCACAGCUGCAGUAGCUGAAAUACCGGACACUGCACCAAAUGACCUGCAAGACCUCUUAUCAAAGUGUUUGUGUACAAGUGAAAAGGAGCGCCUAUCCGCCUAUCAGCUUCUCUUUCAUCCAUUUGUAUUGCCUUGCUCAUCCAACAGCUAUGCCAAUGGCGGCAGCGAGAGCAGUGAGAAAAUUGCUAUGACAACAGAGCUUCUAAGCAGCAUUUCAGAAGUGGACGAGCCUCAACCUCCAGUCCCGGAGUUCACAUUCUUCUCGGGUGUCCCGGGAAAGUCCCGCAUCAAGUCCGAGUUCGAACAGCUUGAAUUUCUUGGUAAAGGAGGAUUUGGAAAUGUCAUUAAGGUCCGAAAUAAACUGGACGGAGGUCUGUACGCCAUCAAAAGAAUCCCAUGGAAUCCACAAAACUUUAAUCUCAAUCGUAAGAUUACCAGAGAAGUUCAACUUAUCUCAAGACUAAACCAUGAAAAUGUUGUGAGGUACUACAACUCGUGGUUGGAAGUGGCAGAAGAGAAUGACAUGCCAUCAGAGAGUGACGAAAGUUUGAGCGACCAAGCAAGUAAAAGACCGAUAAUCGAGGCACAGAAGAGCGAAGACUUACUUAUGAAGCUGAAUGCUUUUGAAGCUCCAAGUGAAGUCUCGGGGAAUAGCAAGCUGGAUGAGUCGUGGUGUAGUGACGGAGCUGAAGAAAGAAGAUCUGACUCUGAUUCAUCGGAAGAUGAAGCAGCAUUAGUGCACAAGAAAGGUUCUCCCAAAGGAUCAUUUUUCAACAGCAAAUCAGGAGGUUCUUCUGAAGGCAUCGUGUUUGCAACUAACAGCAUCGAGGAAUCUAUGCUGCAGUUUGGGGACCUGUUAGAUACUGAGUCUGAGGACUCCGACGAAGGCCAAGACUGGCAGGCAGGUCCAAGCACAGAAAGCAGCGAACCUGCCAACCUUCAGUACUUGUACAUCCAGAUGGAAUACUGCGAGAUGAGCACACUGCGGUAUUUGAUUGACGAAGGCUUGUACAAAGAGAGGGACAAGGUGUGGAGACUGUUGAGAGAGAUUGUGGAGGGUCUUGCUCAUAUUCACUCGCAGGGAAUCAUACAUCGAGAUUUAAAACCGGUCAAUCUUUUCCUCCAUGCCAAUGGUCAAAUCAAGAUUGGUGACUUUGGGUUAGCAACCACGCACGGGAUGACCCGAGGGGAAUCCGCUCCUGAUGUACACACACCCACCACAGCCCCGGACGCUCCUGACACUAAAGAAUCGUCAACAACAGCCGAAGGGAUGACAGGAAAGGUUGGGACUACAUAUUACGUUGCUCCUGAACUGGCCAAAGGAUCCGGAAGGAUCAGGUAUAGCAACAAAGUCGAUCUUUACAGCCUUGGGAUAAUUUUUUUCGAGAUGUGUUACCGUCCCCUGAAAACUGGAAUGGAGAGAGCCAAGACACUCGGUGAUAUAAGAACGAGUAAAGUCAAGUUUCCAGAAGACUUCGACAAGAAGCGGUCAGCAAAAGAAACAAACGUCCUGUUGUGGCUUCUUAAACACAAUCCAGACGAUCGCCCUUCAUCGCAAGAACUCCUUCAAAGUCACUACAUCCCACCAAAGCUCGAGGACCACCAGCUCGAUGAAGUCCUUAAACACACCCUGGCUUCAACGAACUCCACUCGAUAUAUGCGCCUGAUGACGGCUUUGUUCUCUCAGCAAGUGAGCGGAGUGUUUGACGUGACGUAUGAUAUCGAGAUCCUUAAAGCUGCUAACAGCGCUCGAGCAGUACUUGCGCAACAACUUGUCCACGAGGCACUAAAGAAUAUUUUUAAUCGCCAUGGUGCCCUCAGGAUACGGACGCCAUUGUUGAUGCCCAGUACAAAAGCUGUGGAAAAGCUAGAGUCAGCAGUGACUGUUGUAGACCAUAGUGGUGGUGUGCUGACAUUACCAUAUGAUUUGCGUGUUCCUUUUGCUCGUUAUAUUGCACGCAGUGGUUUGACACAUGUUAAACGCUUUGAUGUUGGCUGUGUGUAUAGGGACAGGAAGAUUUUGGGAGCGCAUCCAAAGGAGCUUUACGAAUGCGCCUUCGAUAUAGUUUCGCCUACAUCCGAAGGCAACGUCCCUGACGCUGAAGUAGUUUUAUCAGUGGCUGAGAUCAUCCGAGAAUUUCCAUGUCUCCAUGAACGGAACUACUUUAUUCACAUGAACCAUGCGGGGUUAUUAAAAGCAGUGUUAAAUUCAUACGGAGUUCCCGAGGAUCGACACGACGAUCUCUUCAAAAUCUUACAAGCAGCACAAACCGAAAGGUUGAGGAACGAACAGAUAAAUGAGUUUCUCGAAGGAAUUCAGGUUUCAGAGCGCUCCAUUGCUUCAUUGUACGGAUUUCUUUACUUUGAGGGUCCAGUCGAAAAGGUUCGAGAACAUAUCAUUGGUGUGCUAAAAAAAGGGACCCAGGCAAGUGCAGACGCCAAACAAGCUCUUCACGAACUACAGGCAGUCGUUUCUCAUUGUGCAACAUUUGACGUCAAGCUGUCAAUCACAAUCAAAACUACGUUAGUAUACAACAUACAGCAUUUCUCAGGCAUCAUUUUCCAAGUUGUUUCAACAGACAAUCGAAAAUCCAAGCGUGGACGAGUUGAUAUACUCGCGGCCGGUGGUCGCUAUGAUAAACUUGUGACUUACUUCCGACACGGAAGUGAAGCCCACCAGAGCCCAGGCGCCGUCGGAGUAAGCAUCGCAGUUGAAAAAAUUGUGUCAGCGGUGUCUUCCGAUGAAUACGUGAAUCUUCCUUGCGCCUGCGAUGUAAUGGUUUGUUCAGCGAGUCAGACUUCCAUGUUAAAUGAGCGCAUGCGUAUCGUUCGUGAACUUUGGGCUGCUGGGAUUCGUGCGACGCUCAUGUAUAACUCACCUGCUCAGUUUACGUUAGAGGAUAUUCAGGAUUAUUGCAAAGAGGCUGAAAUACCGCAUAUUGCAUUCUUAAAGGAGUUUGACCCUGUUGUCAAGGUGGUGUCAAUAGAAAGCCGAGACAAAGUCACCAAGUCCCUGGUCUCCACGAAGGACCUACUAGAACACUUACAAGCCAAAAUAUUCAGUCGAGCAGAAACGACAGACUCUCUCAUCUCCAACACUAAAGGCAUUAUCAGUUUAAGUACUACAGAUCACUCCACGUCCGCUUCCACAGAUAUACACGUAUCGUUUACAACACAGGAAAAGCUACAGUGGAAUAUCAAGAAACGAUAUGAGAGUCAAAUGAUGGCUAAGAUAGGCCCUGUGGUGCAUCAAAUCCGACAGCACAUUAGCUCGAAAAGCGGAGUCGAAGUUAUAGGGGUUGAUUUACCAGGAAAUAUUUUGAAGAGCAUGGCCGCGUCCUUAGACUUGGAAGGAAGCGAAGAUGCCUUUGACAGCAGCGUAUCCUCGGUGACUGACAAACAUUCAAGAUACGCUAAAGCUAUCAGUCGCGUAGCGGAUGAAAUUCGUGAACUCAAAGUCGCCAAAAAACUACCCAUUAUAUUUGUCUACAGCGUGAAGGAUGAAAUUUAUAGGAUAUUUUUUUAGUUUCUUAUGCCAUCUUACUUAAAAAGUAAGAGUACCUGAAUCGUUUACU